GAAGCUGCCCCGGAAGUCGCGGGGCGGGGCGAAGGAGGCGCGGUCUCCUAAGCUCAUGGCGGCGCUGUUACUCUUAUCCGGCCGAAUUAUGCGGCCUCCGGGAGGCCGGUUUUGGCGUCCCUCGUCUCGCGGUCGCGGGCUUUGGGGCCUGGCGGAGGGCACCGCGAGCGUCUUGCCCAGGUCGUUCUGCGUGCGGCAGGAGGAGGGGCGGCGGACCUUGGGGCUCGCUGGCAGGUGCCUGGGAAGCCGAUCCUUCAGCACAAGCAUGCCGCCACCCCCGGGGUCCGAGCCGAAGGGCCACGGAGACCCCACGCGCCCCUCGAAGCCCGGGCCCGUUUCCUGGAAGUCUUUAGCAUUCACAUUUGCUAUCGGAGGAGCUUUACUGGCUGGAAUGAAGUACUUCAAGAAAGAAAAGACAGAGAAACUAGAGAAGCAGCGACAGCGAAGCAUCGGAAAGCCUUUACUCGGGGGACCAUUUUCCCUUACAACUCACAGUGGAGAGCCUAAAACUGACAAGGACUACCUGGGUCAGUGGGUGUUGAUUUAUUUUGGCUUCACUCAUUGCCCUGAUAUCUGUCCAGAAGAACUAGAAAAAAUGAUUCAAGUCGUGGAUGAAAUAGAUAGCAUCCCAUCUCUGCCAAAUUUAACUCCACUUUUCAUCACGAUUGACCCAGAGAGGGACACCAAAGAAGCCAUUGCAAAUUAUGUCAAAGAAUUUUCUCCCAAACUUGUUGGGUUGACUGGCACCAAAGAAGAGAUUGAUCAAGUGGCCAGAGCAUACAGAGUGUAUUACAGCCCUGGCCCCAGGGAUGAAGACGAGGACUACAUAGUGGACCAUACAAUAAUAAUGUACUUGAUUGGACCAGAUGGUGAGUUUCUAGAUUAUUUUGGCCAGAACAAGAAGAAUGCAGAGAUAGCUGGUUCAAUCGCUGCGCACAUGAGGGCCCACCGGAAGAAGAGCUAGCCGAAGCAGCAACGCCAGGUGUGGUAUUCUCUUGCCAAAGAGGAAAGCAGCUUUGUCUCCUGUAGGAGCCUCUGGAAAGAGAUGUAUCUAUUAAUAUAUUCAGCCUACAGAAUGCCUUCAUACCAGGAGAACCUCUGUAUUUGAAUGGGGCCGUCACCCUUGGGUUCAGCCAAGAUGGAUUGUUGGAACUGACAGAACCAGAAGUUGCCACACAGCUGCCAUGAGACCAAGGACCAAGUGAAAGUGAAGCCAGUAAAGAGAACCUCACGGCAAGGAGAGACUUAGCCGGCGUGUACCCCCCAGCCUACCAUGGACCCUCUGAGCGGUGCCUUGCACCCCCACUCCACAGCAGUGCGACUUCCAGAGUGUUCUUACUUUCUCUUGCGUCUGCUGCUCUUCCU